AAUGUUUGCUGUUUGCUUCUCCGAUACACCGAUGAUAACUGCACAAAAAAUAUCAUUUUUAUGCUCAUUGGCCAUUGCCCAUUGGCAACGCUAUUCACUAUUCAGUAUUAUAUAGUAUAUUUUUCAUUUUAGUUUAUUGUAAUUUGUAAUUUGUAAGUGGUUGCGGUUGCUACUUGCCACUUGCUAGCUGCUAGUACUUGGAAAUUGUCACUGGUGGUGUCUUCUAAGUUUAGUCAUUAAUAUCAAUAUUCAAGUUUUUUCUUCCGAUUUUCGUGCUCCGUGACGUAAAUAUAGUAAUUUCCAAUCAUGGAAUCCGACAAGUCGACUUUUCAACCAAUAGACUUAGUGGGCAAAGUUAUAAUUAAAGUUCAAUUAGGCGAUGACAUAAGAAAAGUAUUAAUUCAUAAUGAAUCUAUAACAUAUGAUGAAUUAUUAUUAAUGAUGCAACGAAUAUUUAAUGGAAAAUUAACAGCUAAUGAUGAUCUCACCAUCAAAUACAAAGACGAAGAUGGAGAUUUGGUUACUGUAUUUGAUAGUCAAGACUUAUCAUUUGCUUUACAAACAAGUAGGGUCUUAAAAUUGCAAGUAUUUAUGAAUAAUUUAAGCUAUCAAGAACGACUGAAGUCAAAACUAAAUCCUGACGAACUAAAAAAACAAUUGCGAGAAAUAAGAGAUGCUGUGACAUGGUUAUUAGAUACAAUUGAAGUUACUAAUGAAGGAAACAAUAAUAAUAUGUCAAAUCCUAUACAACAAGAACCAGUGAAUGUUGCAUCAGCAGAAAUACCAACAGAUAAUGGAGUUACUAAAGAAUUUGAUCCAUUACGUAAUUCUAAAGAAGAACGUUCAAAAACUCCACAAACUUCACAUCAGGUUAAAUCUGAAGUAUCACAGGAUAGUUUAGCUAUAUCUCAACCUCAAAGACAAACUCCACCAGUUCAGCAGCCUCAAAUUCCUCAAACUAUGUAUAAUGGACAAUCUCAAGGCAAUAUGAAUCAACACAAUCCUUACUCUGGAGGACAAAUCCCACCACCACAAGGGCCUCAGACUAAAUGGGUGAAUCCUUAUCAGCAACCUGGAAUGCGUGCAUCCUAUCCAACUGCUCAAUAUUCUUAUCUAUAUUCUACACAAAUACCAGCAUCUGGUUAUUCCCAGAUAACAGCUCAAAUGAAACCACCUACUGGAAAUCAGCCUGUUCAUUCGUUGUAUUAUCCGACUAAUACAACCCCUAAUCCACAAUAUUCUGCUUCUCAGUAUCCAGGACAAUAAUGAUGAAAGUUACUAUAAUAAAACCGCGAACUGAAUGGACUGAUUUACCCAUUUAAAAUAUUAAUAUAAUAUAAAAUAGUGUUUUAUAAGUACAUUCAAAAUUUGUUUUAAACUUAAAAAUAAUUAUUCGAAGGACUUGAAAUAAUUGAAUGGUUUAUUAAAAAGGACAAAUGUUUAAUUAAUAUUAUGUAGUAUUUUCGAUUUUAGAGUUUUUUUUGGAGUUACAAAUUAUUUGUAUUUAAAAUUGACAUAAAUAUAUAAGUUAAUAUUAAGAAAUUUCCAUAUUUAUAUACAUAAAAAAAAAAUUUGCACAACCUAUUUGCAGAUUUUUGCAAAUACUGUAUUUAAAGAAUGAUUAACAAUUUUCAUAUUUUUAUUUAUUGCAUUCCAUAAUCCAUCAGGUCGUUUGUAAAUUUUUAUUUUAUGAAAUUUGAUUGAUGAUUUUUCUUGCUAAUACACUAUUGAAAAAAAUAUUUAAUAUAUUAUCCACAUCUUUUAUUAACUAAGGUGUUAAUAAAAUAAAAUAAUGUUGAUAUAUAUUUUUUUUAAAGGUAAAAUUUCUACCCAUCUUAAUUAUUAAUUAUGUUAUUAAUUUUAUUUUUGGCUAUAUUUAUAAUUUAUUUUAAAAAUUCUGUAUACAUUUAAAAUAUAUUGAAAAAGAAAUAUACAUUUUCAUGUAUUUCAUUUGUUUAUAUUGUAAUGUAUUUGUAUUCCACUCAUGUACUGUAAUUUUUCUACUUUGAAAAAUUAAAUAGAUUAAAGAAAUAUAGUUAAAUAUCAUUUCUUAGGAAACAUUUUUAUUUUUCGUUUUAAAAUGGUUCAUUAUAUAUAUUAGAUUCCGAGGAAAGCAAGGGCCAAGGAAUGUUGUAUUUACAAUGCAUCUAGAUUUUCGUGUAUGAUGUUUUGAAGCAGAACAUUUUCUUCAAUUUUAACAUUGUGUAUGAUAUUCUAUAUAGUGAAUUUGAUGUAUUUUGUACUCAAGGAUUCAAGAGGGGGAGUUUUCAAGUACUUGACACAUUAAGAGGACGCUACACCCGUGUGUGUUGUCUCCGUGUUACAAAUUUCAAACCGCCAAAACUGUCUUGCCCGGGUAAGAACCAUUUGGGCUGUAGUCCAAGCUAAGCCAAAUUUUCACAUUAUAUUGAGGGAAACAUUUACUAUGCAACCUUGUUUUAAUAUUUUUGAUAUGAACUAAAAAAAAAGGCUAUUCAAGUUUGAAAAGCUCAAAAAUAAUACAUUUUCAAAUAAUAAGAACUUUUUGUAUUUGUGAUAUUGAAAAUAUAAAAACAACGUUGCAAAGUAAAAAUAUUCUCUUUAUAGUGUAAACAUUUGGUUGCUUAGCUUAGACUACAUCCAAAGUGGUUCUUACCCGCGCAAAACAGGUUUUGAUAUGUUUUGUGAGACAGAGACAACACUUCGGGUGUAGCGUCCUAAAAACAAUGCAACUAUUUACAUAACACAAGUAUUUGAAAAAACUCAGUUUUAUUUUUGUUAUUUAUAAAUGAACCGUCGUAGAUCAGGAACGUAAUUGGGGGGGUAGGGUAGGCAAUUGCAUCCUCCUUGUUGAUAAGUGGCUACUUUCCAACCAUAAAUAAAAACGGAAACCUCCACCGAUUUUUUUUUAAAAACAACAAUUUUAGCUGUGAAUAUGGUU